UUUUUUUUUUUUGUUAAUUUAUAUUCAGUUUUUAUUAUUCUCGGUGUUCGGUCUCAAGGCUAUUGAAGCUAGAGAAAUUUAUUUACAUAAUAUUUAUAUUAGUUAAAGAAUUAAUUUAAUCGUCUUUGUUAUUGUCAUAUUGUUAAAAUCCGAAGCGCACGCUUCCACGUACCUGCCAAAUGUAUAUAGAUUCAUUAUAUUUAAUUAAUUUUUAAGUUAUACAAUUUAAAUAAUAUAUUAAAAGAUUCAUGGCGCAUAGUUAUAUUUAUUUUUUAAUUUAUAUAAUGCGUCGAAAUAUCGACGUUAUUAUUUUUAAUAGCUUUUCUAAAUUUUAUUAUACGUCCUCGUUAUACUAGCAAGUUCGUACAAAUUUUGAAAUGUUCAUAUCCUGGUGACUUUUUAUGUCUGUUAUUUCGACCAAUUGUAACUGUUGUAAUAUGAUUAGGAAUUAUAUCAUUUCUUUACACUGGGAUUGAGAAACCAUUUUUUUAAAAAUAAGGUCUCUCUCCUUAAUUUUGGGUAAAAAGGGUGUCGGUAGGUUUUGGUCUUUCUAAGGAAAUGUAAACAAGAUUUUCACUAGGCAUAAGUAACGAAUGAACCAAUAAGGGUUUACACGCGAGAUACGAGUAAAUUUCUUUAAACAUUGUUGAGUUUUAAUUAUUUGUUUUUCAUUAUUUAGGUGUUGUCGAACCUUGUAUAUAAUUGUUUCUUACUGUUUUUCAAUAAAACUUUUUGGGAAAGUUUGCUUUUUUUUUCUCUCUUGUAUUUAACCUAUAUUUUAUCUAGUUAAUCAAAAAUAGUCCACGAAAGAUACUCUUGAAGUUGGAUCUGAGACUGUAAGUUUCCAUAGAAACAGUUUCCAUUCACUUCACAAAAGUGUUCUCACCGGCGGGUUAUGUAAAAUCCAUGCGAAAAUUAAGAGGAUUCAAUGUUCACGUUGAUUGGUAAUUAAAAUCAAAUUAAGCGAAAGUAAAAUGCAUGUAACAACUGCUCUCAGGAAAAAAGGCCUUUUUGAAGUUCCCAAGCCAAGAAAGAUACCAGGGAAUGCAGAGAGUUUGGAAAAUGUUGCUGGUAAGAGGAAUAUUGGAAAUUCAGGUGAACCAGCAAUUGGCAAUAUCAAAAAUGUUCUGGAGUCCAGUAAUAUGCCUAAAACAAGACUUAGUCCAAAUCGCGAAAUGCGUUCAAAUUCCUCACCUCGACUCAAAUGUUUUCCUGCUGAAACCAUUAAGAGAAAUCGCAGCCCUUCGCCAUAUUCUGGCACGCCUGCGGGACCUGAAUUUACUCAGCAAAGUCACCAACGGAUAUUUCAGCAACAGCCAGAUGAACAUAAAUUACUUCAGCAACGUCAAUCGGAAGUGCUGCUUAGCACGCAAGCUCCUGCAAUUCCGUUAGAACGUCAGGCUCACAGACCAUUUGUUCCAAACAUGCCACAUGCCGUAGUAACGAGAGAUUUUUCGCCCAGGAAAGCUGCAACUGCACCGGCAAUUCCUAUUGUUUCUGAAGUUCCUCAGCAACAACGGACGCAGCAGCCAAUUCCAAUUUCUGUGCCUUUCAAUAAUAUACAACAGAUUGCUGGACCAAUUUCUCAGGAUAUUCUACGGCAGAACAGGUCUAGUGAAAUUCCAGGAUACAAUCAGCGUACUGUUGCUGGUCACAAUAAAGUUGUGUAUCCUGAUGGAAUUGUACAAGAGAAGAAUCAGGAACGUUUACAGUUGCAGUCUGCAUAUACCGAACCAAAUCUCGUUAAAAUUCCUAAUAACCAAGAAGCAACGUGGCCUACAGCAAUACGAUCAUUGCCACAAUACCCACAGUAUGCUUAUCAACAGCAAUUGCAAAAUAAUUUUGCUAUGCAACAACAGAUGCAACAAAGAGCGAUGCUUGAGCAGCAACGUAUGAUUCAGCAACAAAAUAAUCAAAUAGGUUACAAUAAUUACUUGAAUAGACAUUCAGGCUUAGAUGGAAAUUGGUUUCCCAGGAAUGUAGGAAUGACUUCACCUCAAGAUAUUGCUACAAAUCAGAUAAAAACAAUCCAGCAACAGCAACCGUACUACAGAAAUAUACCUUAUUCUAUGAAUCCACAAAAUUCGUGGAUAAGAAGCAACAGUAUGAUUGACAAUCAAUUGACACAGCAAUCAAGCGAUCAAAUUCAGCAACCAAUGAAAUAUUAUCCACAACCGAGCCAGCAAGUCAAUUCGCACCCUCAACAAUAUCAACAACUACAACAAUCCCAGCAAUUAUAUCAACAACAGCAGCAACAGUCAAGCGACAGAAGAAAAGUUGUAAAAUUUACCCCUCAAAUGAUUCGCGAUCAGGAAUUGCUGAUUUCGACUAUGCGCCAGCAAGGAAUUCCCGAAGAUAUUAUGAGACGGCAAUUCGACACGUUACUUCUUGAGCAGCGUCGACAAAUAUCCUACUUGGAACAGAUGCAAGAAAAUGAUGAUGAUGACAAGAAACCGAUACUGGUAAGGAAAAGAAGAAUCACAAAAAUUGCCGAGGAUGAGAAGCCUGAGUGGAUGCUGCACUUAACACCAAUCAGAAUGACGUACAAUGAUUUUAAUAAGAUUCAGCAACAACGGACUCAAAAUAAACUAAAUAAGCAUCUAAUGAUAGACCAUGAGCAGAAACGAGGAAAUGUUACUCUUGAUGGACAGGUAAAGAAUGCCUAUGAGCAACAAGGAAACGAACAGCAGAAUAGUAAUAAACUGUGCCAGCAACAACCAAUGUAUCAUCAGCAACAAAACAGAAUUCCAGCAGUUCAUAAUAAUAUGAUUCAAAAUUAUCAAAUGACGACAAAUUCUAUGCCUGCCCUGUACCAGAAUAAUCCUGCAUGUUUAUCGGCUACUCAACAAUAUCAGCAAUAUUCGGAUCCUAGAUAUUCAAUGGAAAUUCAGCAACAGCAACAGCAACAGCAACUACAACUGCAGCAACAGCAACAACUGCAACAGCAACGACUGCAACAUCAACAAUUGCAACAGCAACAACACCAGCAACUGCAACUGCAACAACACCAGCAACUGCAACUGCAGCAGCAGCAGCAGCAGCAACAACAGCAACAGCAAGCAUGGCAAAUGCAUCAAUAUGGAAAUCCUCCAACUGCUGGAAUUGCCUUAGAAACAAAUCAGCAACGAACAAGAAUAGUAGAACCUUCCAGUUUACUACAACUUCGAAAAUACAAAGAAGUCAUUAGGCCGCAAAGACAAAGUAAUGGUUUGCAGGAUCCUGAAACGAUUCGACAGGCACUGGAAGGUUUGAAGAAAUCUGAAAAUCAAAGAGGAUAUGAAUAUUUAGUAAAUUUAAAUAAAAAGGACAACAAUGUUCGAUUAAAUGGAGCACAGGAUCCUGAAACAAUUCCAAAAGAACGUAGACAACCUCCACAACUCCAGGAACAACGAAGAAACAUUUCAGCCAAUGGAAUCGAGAAUACCAGAAAUCCAAAUAAUCCAGCACCACGGCCAAUAGCAUUUUCUAGGAAUUCCCAUGAACAAUUAUACGAGUAUCCUAGACAAAAAAAGACUGCCACACAUUCCCAAAAUUGUUAUGGCUUAAUGGCCGAAAAAGAAAAUGGGACCGCGGGACCUUAUCUGCCAAUGAAUUAUCCACAUUAUGAGGCAAGUUAUCAACAGAUGCUACCGGAACAUCAUCAACAGCAAGCGUACUCCCCUGAAAAUUAUCAGAAACAGAAUAUGCAUCAGCAAGGAAUGUAUUAUCAGCAAUUGUCGAAUUUGCACAACGAAAAAACAGCAUUGAGUAUGAAAAAAUCUGAAACUCCAUCCAGAUUUGAUGGUGCUCAGUAUCUGGCUAAUAAUCAGGGUCAACAAUUUUAUGGAAGUGCACAACAUUUUAAUGGAAACGGUCAAGGCGAUAAUUCUGCACACCAACAACGCAAUUGUCAGCCAGUUGGAUAUUGGCAUAACAUGGGCAGCGAUGCGCAGGAUAAUUUUAAGAAUUCCGCAGGACGCGAUUUCAUCCAAGACAGUUGCGGCCAACCGGAAAUUCGUGUUCCAAAAAUUAUAGGUGGCGUUACUUAUCUCGCACGACGUCCUGACUUCAUUUCGAAUCCUUCUGGCAAAUACUUGCAACCUGCCGUUUGUCAACAUUAACCCUGAUAAAAUUCAGGCUUUUUAUAAGUAUAUAUUUUAUAUAACAUUAUUUUAUAUGAUUUCAUAUAUACCAUACUAUUGGUGAUGUACUUGUAUUAUACAUAUGUUUUUUUAUCUACUUCCUUUUGCAAGCUACUGUAUGAUGUAUGUAAAUAUAAAGGAAGAAAAUCCUCAGAGCUUGCUCCGAAAAAUAGAAAAUAAAAAUCAAAUGACAGUCAAACGGCAAGCCUCAAUUAUUUCACGUAAUUUUGACAGUUUUAAAAUAAUUUCAAAAUUAUCUACACUAAAUUUUCACAAACUAAAAAUGGGACACUGCUCAAAAAAUCGUAAUUUCAUGGACGAGCUCAGAAACAUUAUUUGCGCUAUUGAAACAACGAAACCGGAGCCUGAAGUUUGUAAUACGAGAUGCCCUCCUUUAGGAUGUCCUCGUGGACCUUGUCCAGGAAUGUGCUGCUACCAAGGGGUUUGCGAUCCUUGUUGCGUUUCCAAAAUGCCUUGUUGUCCGCCACCACCUGAUCCACCAUACUGCUGCGUACCAGCAUCUCUUUUAAAAUCAUCAUGCUGUACUCCAAGAAAUUCCUGCAAUUCCAAACAUCCAUGCUCUUUGCCAUAUAGACAGUGUUAAAUAUUCUGUUCUUAUAUUGUCUAUGCUAAAUAAAUAAUAGAACAGUCAAUAAUUU